AGCGUACUGUCUCCGUCCACACUCAACGACAAAACCGAUUUCAACGUGACUCCUGCCUGUGCUCAUGCGGCGGUGUUACUGGAUGCUGAGUGGAUUUGACAACACCGGUGGGUGAACCACGAGCCCCGGCGCCUUCAGACCGUCUCCCCGGUGCAGGUUCGGGGCAACUUUACCGCGAGUUACGCUGCACACGGUGCUUUUGGGGACUUUCAGGAGAAGUUUGAUUGGGGGAGUCGCUCGCUGUCGCCGCAUCGGUCUCAGCAAAGCGGUGUCCCAGAGCCCACAGCUAUGCCACAGAUCCGUGUCCGGGUUCAGGCGGAGCUAGCCCAACCGGGGACGCACAUGGCCCUGUGAGCUGGGACCGGGGACCGUACUAUCAAGGAAAUUCCUCAGUCCUCCAGGGUCACCUCGCUGCAGAGAAAGGACGGAGCGUGACACCACAGGGAGACGUGAUGGCCACCGAAGCGAACGAAGCUGAGGUUGGGCCUGCAGCGCUAGCUAAGCGCGUCUCACCUCCUUCCAGCCGGAGCGGACCGAGCCGAGACGCCAAACAUGCAAAUAACGUCCAGCAGGUGUGGAGGAGCGCCGAGCAACCGUGGCUGACGAAGCAGCGGAGCAGCCCGUCCCUCCUCCUGUACAGGAAGCUGUCGUGUGACAGUGAGAACGAAGCCGCUGUGGACAAAGAGUACGAGUGCUUUGAGUGCGCCUCAAAAAUCUUGAGUGCUGAGGAAAAACAUUAUCCAGAGCUGUCAGCUGGCACCAGCGUCCAACGAAUAGCUUUGGUUCAUCAGAAAAGUUCCGAGGGAUCUUUGAGCCAGCUGGACGAGGCCAGACACAAAACCAGCAGCAGCCACUGUCCCUGCACCCGGUGCAGAUCCAGUCCUAGUCCCGGCUCCAGCCCCGUUCACAGCCCUCGUCUCAGCACCACCUCCUCCUGCCCCAGCCAGAGACACGUCCGCCGCAGCAGCCUCCCGGUGUCAGCGCUGGCCUUCCACAAGACUCAAGACAGUCCUUCCAGUGAACCAAGUUCUGUGGCGUCGUCUCCGUGCGGUUCCCCACUCAUCAACUGUCGCCACCAAAACGGACACAUCCGCCUGUCCCACCUAAAGGACGGGUACCUGAGUUUAGAGAGGCUCAACCGAAGGCCCCGGGUCAACAGAUACUCCCUGGAGAAACUGUUCAUUCGUCGGACGUCUCUGGAAACCGUGACAACGUCCCUGAGCCACGACGAGAAGGCGUCCUUGGGAGACGCCAGGAACAGCAACAGCAGUGAUGAGGAGGACGGCGGGGUUCUCUCGGACAACGCCACGUUUGUCAGGAACCGGAAGGAGCGUUCUACUGUCCUGGUCAGGCGGUACUUCAAGAACAAUCAGAAGGUGACGAAGUCGGUGUGUACGGGAACCAGAGCGAUCGUCAGGACGCUGCCGUCGGGACGCAUCUCAGAGGACGUCUGGGCGGCCGUAGCUUGUCACGGGUUGAGGAUUCCCACCAAGGAGGACAUGUGGCCGACGCUGAUGCGCAGUGUCGAGGGUGAACUCAGAAGCUGCAGAUGCGUGCUACGCUUCGUUGGCGUGAAGCUACAGCAGGUGAACAAGUAUGUUGAGGACCGAGAGGAGCUCAACCUGAUCCAUCCGGCCAAGAGGCUCCUUCUGUCUGGAUGUGGCUGCCUCUCGGAGUCCUUCAUCAGACCUGACCCCCGGUCCUGUCAUCCAUCUCAUCCGUCCAGGUUUUAUUAUCGAGCUUGUGGCCAGAGGACGUCGGUGUGUUCCCUGCUGACUGGAGCUCUACUGGAGGCCACGACCGCUCUGGGCGCUCGCUCCGCUCUGCUGUACCCGGUGCCCCAGUGCCCCAACAGCCACGCUGUGCUUAAAGAGCGUCAGCUGGCCAACAGCAUGACCAGCAGCAGUUCUCUUCCCCCCAGCGUCAGUGGGAUCAGUAAGGAUCUGGCAGAGCUGCGUCACCUCGUUCAGUUCCCCGAGGAGAUCGCCUGCAUCCUCACUGAGCAAGAGCAGCAGCUUUACCAGCAGGUCUUCCCCUUGGACUACCUCUGUUUCCUCACUCGAGACCUGGGCAGUCCCGAGUGUCAAACUAAACGCCACCCGAAUCUUAAGGCCUCGCUGUCGGCGCCCACCAUUCCUACCCAGAGUGCUCAGCGAAGCAACGCUGUGGAGGACCUGGUGGCUCGGUUCAACGAGGUGAGCUCGUGGGUGACGUGGCUCAUCUUGACCGCGGGGUCCAUGGAGGAAAAGAGAGAAGUUUUCUCGUAUCUGGUCCACGUCGCUAAAUGCUGUUGGAACAUGGGAAACUACAACGGUGUCAUGGAGUUCCUGGCCGGACUCAGAUCCCGCAAGGUGCUGAAGAUGUGGCAGUUCAUGGACCAGUCAGACAUAGAGACCAUGAGGAGUUUAAAGGACGCCAUGGCUCAGCACGAGUCUUCCUCCGAGUACAAGAAGGUUGUGACAAGGGCUCUGAAUAUCCCAGGGUGCAAGGUUGUGCCGUUCUGUGGGGUUUUUCUGAAGGAGCUGAGCGAUGCGUUGGAUGGCACAGCGAGCAUCAUUAGCCUCAAACCAUCUCCAGACAACCCAGAAGACUCAAUAGAGUUUAUGUCCGACUACAGCGGCCAGCCCAAUUUCCUGUCGAGGUCCGGCCCAGACGGGCUGCACGUCCCAGAGAAAGAAGCUACCGUCAGCAGCAUCCUCCAGAUCAUCAGAUCUUGCAAUCGAAGUUUGGAGGCUGAGGACACAGACGAGGCGUCCACCAGUCCCUCCUCCACCGGCCCGUCCCCUUCGUCCAGAAACAACUCCUUCAGGGACCGCUGCCCCAACCAUUACCAUUCAGUCAGGACGACGGCAGAAACAAACCAUGUUUUUUUCACAGUGGGGGACUUGUCAGAUUCAGAGGGCGACUUGUCGUCCGAGCCGGCGGCGAAGGAGGUGGAGUUUCAGGGAACGGAGGAGACGCACAAAGCUUUCAGCCACGGCACGGAGCUCAUUCCGUGGUACGUGUUGUCGCUGCAGCCGGACGUCCACCAGUUUCUCCUCCAGGGGGCUACGGUCAUUCACUACGACCAGGACACCCACCUCACAGCUCGCUGCCUGCUGAGGCUGCAGCCCGACAACAUCACGCUCACCUGGGGUAAACCUCAGAGCGGAGGGGCCUCCCCUGCAGAGCAUCCACUGGGGUUAGGACACCCUGUAGCUGCAGGAUUAGCAGAGGGCCUUUUGGACCUGGGAGUGGUGAAGGCGGUGUUUCUGGGUCAUCAGGGAGUCGACGUUCACGCCGUGUGUUUGCAAAACAAACUGAGCCAGAUGACGGUGGAGGAGAACGGCCUCAGCCUCCUCUACGGCCUCAGCACCACCGACAACCGACUCCUGCACUUCGUGGCCCCCAACCACACAGCGCAGAUGCUCCACAAGGGCCUGUCAGAGCUGGUGAAUUCGGCCCGGAAGCUGAAAAAGUUCCCAGACCAAAGGCUGCAGUGGCUGAGGAAGCAGUACGUCAGUUUGUAUCAGGAGGAGUACAGGUACGAAGGGCCAACGUUAGCCCAGGCCAUCGAGCUUUUCGGUGGCCGGAGGUGGAACAUGGGCACGGGCGGAGUGGAGAAACCCAGCGCCCAGAAAAACAGCUCGCUGAGCAUCAACGACAAGUCCAAGAAGAAGAAGAAGGCUCUCGUUAGGGGAGACAGCGGAGACGCCACUGAUGACGAGAUGGUUUCCAGGAAGACGCGAAGUUGUAAAGAAGGACUUUAUCGAAAUGGACCAGAGUCUGACAGCAUUGACCAAGAAGACCCAGAAGACAGCUUUCCUGGACCGUUCUCCCUCUCGUCCAGUCGGAGCCCUGGAUUGCUAGCCUCCUCUUCCUCCUCCUCGUCCUCUUCCUCCAGCAUGGCGGGGUCCAACCAGAACCGUCCACAGUCCUCUCCCAUCCUGUCAGGAUCUGCCAAGUCACAGCCGGGGGCGUGGAGCAGCAGAUCGUGGCACGGCCGAAGCAAAGGCUGCUUCAAAGGCUUCCAGAAUCUCAUGAUUUCUGACAGCACCAUGAGCUUCAUUGAGUUUGUUGAGCUUUUCAAGUCAUUCAGUAUCCGAAGCAGGAAGGACCUGAAGGAGCUGUUCGACGUCUUCGCCGUCCCCUGCAGUCGCUCCAGUCCAGAAUCGUCCCCUCUUUUCACCAACCUCAGGAUAGACGACCGAGACACAGGCCUGCAGCCGGAACUCGACCUGUUGACCCGCAACGGCUCAGAUCUGGGCCUGUUUAUCCGGACGAGGCAGCAGAUGUCUGAAAACCAGAAGCAGAUCUCGGACGCCAUCGCGGCCGCCAGCAUCGUGACCAACGGGACGGGGGUGGAGAACGCGUCCUUGGGCGUCUUGGGACUGGCUAUCCCUCAGCUCAACGACUUCUUGGUCAACUGUCAGAGGGAGCACCUGAGCUACGACGAGAUCCUCAGCAUCAUUCAGAAAUUCGAGCCCUCAUCAACCAUGAGACAAAUGGGCUGGAUGUCAUUUGAAGGUUUUGCGAGGUUCCUAAUGGACAAGGACAACUUCGCUUCCCGUAACGAGGAGUCUCAGAUGAACCCAGAGGACAUGCAGCACCCUCUGUCCUACUACUACAUCGAGUCCUCUCACAACACCUACCUGACCGGGCACCAGCUCAAAGGGGAGUCGUCCGUGGAGCUUUACAGUCAGGUGCUGCUGCAAGGUUGCAGGAGUGUGGAGUUGGACUGCUGGGAUGGAGAUGAUGGGAUGCCGGUUAUUUACCACGGACACACGCUCACAACUAAGAUUCCCUUCAAGGAUGUGGUGGAAGCAGUCAACCGGUCUGCAUUUGUCAACUCUGACAUGCCCGUCAUCCUCUCCAUAGAGAACCACUGCUCGCUUCCACAGCAGCGCAAGAUGGCGGAAAUCUUCAAGAGCGUGUUCGGGGAACGUGUGGUGACGCGCUUCCUCUUCGAGAGCGACUUCAGCGACGACCCUCACCUGCCGUCGCCGCUGCAGCUCCGCGGACGGAUCCUUCUCAAGAACAAGAAGCUGAAAGCCCACCAGGCGCCGGUGGACAUCCUCAAGCAGAAGGCUCACCAGCUGGCCCACAUGCAGGCCCAGGCGAGCAAUGGGUCGCCGGGGGUUACGUCACCCGGCAACCACGCUAACGAGGAGGAGGAGGAGGAAGAAGACGAGUAUGACUAUGACUAUGAGUCUCUGUCAGAUGCCGAUGGCCUCGCAGCCUCCACUGCCUCGUAUGGCCUUGAAGAUAACAUCCUGGAUGACAAGCCAGAGGGAAAGAGCUCUGCGGACAAAGAAGAGCCGCAUGUCGACGAAAUACCCAAGAGAAUGAAGAAGACGGAGAGCACGAUGCAGAGCAAAGGAAAGGUGUUUGACAUGGAGCUGGGUGAGGAGUUCUACCUUCCUCAGAACAAGAAGGAGAGUCGACAGAUCGCCCAGGAGCUGUCCGACCUCAUCAUCUACUGCCAGGCCGUCAAAUUCCCCGGCCUGUCCACGCUGUCUCCGGCCGGCUCUGGUAGAGGGAAGGACCGGGGGAAGAGCAGGAAGUCCAUAUUUGGCACGGCGCCUUCUCGCGGCUCCACGGGGGAGGUCGCGACCCAGAACCGCGCUCCUGGGAAAGGUGGCUCCGAGCGUCUGAGCUGGGAGGAGCAGCAGACGUCCCCCGUCCUCAGCCCCCCGACCUCGCUCAGCGCCAUCAUCCGCACGCCCAAGUGCUACCACAUCUCCUCGGUGAACGAGAACGCCGCCAAGCGCCUGUGCCGCCGCUACUCCCAGAAGCUGAUCCAGCACACGGCGUCCCAGCUGCUCAGGACGUACCCGGCGGCCACACGCAUCGACUCCACCAACCCCAACCCGCUGCUCUUCUGGCUGCACGGCAUCCAACUGGUGGCUCUCAACUACCAGACGGACGACCUGCCCAUGCAGCUGAACACUGCAUUGUUCGAGGCCAACGGCGGCUGUGGCUACGUCCUGAAGCCGUCGGUUCUCUGGGACCGGAGCUGUCCACUUUAUCAGCAGUUCUGUCCCAUGGAGAGGGACGUGGAGAAGAUGAGCCCUGCUGUCUAUUCCCUGGCUAUCGUGUCCGGUCAGAACGUGUGUCCCGCUAACAGCUCGGGCAGCCCCUGCAUCGAGGUGGACGUCCUGGGCAUGCCCAUCGACAGCUGCCACUUCCGCACCAAGCCCAUCCACCGCAACACCCUCAACCCCAUGUGGAACGAGCACUUCCAGUUCACCGUGCACUUCGAGGAGAUGUGCUUCCUGCGCUUCGCCGUGGUGGAGAACAACAGCUCCCAGACCACGGCUCAGAGGACUCUGCCUCUGAGGGCCCUCAAACCAGGCUACAGACACGUGCAGCUAAGGACACAACACAAUGAGCCUCUGGAAGUGUCCAGCUUAUUCAUCUACAGCCACAGGACGGAGGAGGGGCCCAUAGGGGGCGCUACUUCGUCCUCUUUGCUCUUCAGCUCAGAGGAGAAACACGUGUCCCAGCAGCACCGGGUGACGGUGCACGGAGCUCCUGGUCCUGAGCCCUUCACAGUUUUCAGCGUUACUGAGCAAACCACUGCUAAACAGCUGCUGGACACGGUCGUGGCACCAGCAGGAAACCCGUCCGACUUCUUCUUGUGUGAGGAGAAGGUUCCUCUGCUGAAGGAGCGCAGCGAGGUGAAACGCUGCGCUCAGUAUCGCGCUCUGGCCCCCGAGGAGGAGGUGCACCGGCUCGUCUGCAGCUGGAACGCAGAGGAGGGCUACGUGGGGAGGAUCUGCCUCAAAUCCAGAGACGAGAACUUAAAUGAGAAGAACGCGGCUCUGGAAGGAGAGGAGGACGUGACUGUGGGAGUCAGAGAAGGAGGAGUUGGAGGAGGAGGAGGUGGAGGAGGAGGAGGAGUAGCAGUAGUAGGAGGAGUGGGAGUAGGAGGAGGAGUAGAGGAGGAUAUGUUCUUUGUCCAGGUCCAUGAAGUUUCUCCAGAGCAGCCUCACACGGUGAUCAAGGCCCCACGCUACAGCACAGCUCAGGACAUCAUCCAGCAGACGCUGUCGAAGGCCAAGUACUCCUACAGCAUCCUGUCCAACCCCAACCCCUGCGACUACGUGUUGAUGGAGGAAGUGAGCAAAGAGGGCGGCUCUAAGAAAUCCUCCACCACCAAGCUCAUCCAGCGCGUGCUGCAGGAUCACGAGUGCGUCUACCAAGCCCAGAACCGCUGGCGCGGCGCCGGGAAGUUCAUUCUUAAACUCAAAGAGCAGGUGGUGCGGGAGGACAAGAAGAAGGUCAUUUCGUUCGCCAGCGAGCUGAAGAAGCUGACCAGUCGCAGCCGCAGCAUGACGACUGGCAGCGGCGUGGACGGCCCUGCCCAGAGGUACCUGUCUGCAGCUGCAGGCCUGAAGGCGUGGGUGACGGAGGGCAGGGUGGAGGCAGGACGGUUCCUGCAGGCCUCCCCCUCCCGCUCCCCCUCCUCCCCCUCCUCCUUUAGCAGGCAGCUCCAGCCCGUCCACCUUCCCGCCUCCUCUCUGACCCCCCGAGCCUGGAAGCUUCACCUCCUCAGGAACUGGAAGAUCCACAAAUGAGAUCCAGAGACGAAGGGAGAUGAUUUGAGCUUGACUACUUCUAAACCCGGAGGAUCCUCCCCCCUCUCUCCUCCUCCUCCUCCUCCUCCCCCCCUCCCUCUUUUCCCGCGUGAAGCAGCGAAGGCGUCCCGGCGACUCUGUGGGCGGGGCUCCUCUGGAUGUGAUGUGUUGGAGGACGGCGCCUGGCGUCGGUCGAGCGAGUGGAAGGCGACGUUGGGUCCGAGGGGACAGACGCACUCAUCAGGAGACUGGAAGCUCCUCCCCCCAGCGUGACCGACGGUCAGCGGGGGCCCGGAGCUCCACCUCCUCCUGCUUUAUUUGGUCGUAGCGUGGCCCCGUACACCAGGGGCACCAGGGGCAGCUGUGUUUAGUAAAAAAUAGAGUUUCCUGUGGAGAAAGAGUAAAACCUUCAAAGCAUGAAGACGUAGUUUGAUGUGGCAGUUUGUUAUUUUAAAUUACAUAUGAUUCAUUCAUUGAUUAGAAAGCUUGAGGGAGAUCUGCUCUAUGAGGGCGGAGGGCGAGGGCGGGUGAUCCUUCUCUUUCUCAGGUAUGGAGCUCUUCUUCUUCUUCUUCUUCUUCUUCUUCUUUUUUUUUUGUUGAGGGCAUUGUGAAGGAGGCUGACAAGCUGGCUUGUUUGGUUCUUUUCCUACUGUUCCAGUUUCACAGUACUGUAAGGGCACAUUCUUGGCCAACGCUCGGCAACAGAACAUGAAUAAAAACCCUUUUAGAUUCGGAAGCAGCGAAGCAGCGUUUGACUAAAAGCAACAGUAGUUCCUUAGCUUGUCCCGCGUUGCUUUAAAAAAACGCUGCCUCUUCCUGUAGUUGUCGUCGUAGCUGCGUCUGUGAAGACGAACUCUGCGUUGUUCCUCAAAGGAUCUUAGGACGGUUUCACCCGGACGUCACGACUCACGAGCAACAGAUUCUGAUUUAAACUGCACCUGGUUAAGAUGCUGCGCUACAGGACACGAGUCUGGAAGCAGCUUCAGGUUUCUGUCUGAAAAAGCAGCAUGAGUUCUGUGUGUUCUGGGACGAGUUCACUGCUCACAUCAGUCAGAGUUUAUUUCUAAAGAUCAUUUAAAAACAGCCUCAGUUGAACCAGAGAGGGAAAAAUGAUGAUGCAUACAAUAAAUAAGAUAUAUAAAUAAAAAUAAAUACGACAGGGAUGGACUAAAACUAGCAGCAAUUUUUAAAGCUAAACAAUAAACAAUAAAAGAGACAAACAUUGAUGUUACCAGAACAUUACUGAAUAAAUGUCAGUGAAAAGAAAAAGUUUAUAUUAUUCACUUUUAAUGUGAAUACAGAUUUCCCUCGUAUGUCAUGAGGAGGCAGAAAAAACUCAAAUACCUGAUAAUUAUAGUAAAAAUGUCUCCUGAUAAAUUGCUCUUCAUAUAAUAAUCAUGUUUAUUUAAGUAUAAACUAUGAUCUUUUAUGUCCAUAUUUGAUCUUCCUUCCAAACCUUUGGUCUGUUGUGUACGUAUAAAAAUGUCUAAUCAACCACGUUUUUAAACGUGAUGUGACCUGAUGAGACUAAAAACUGUUUCCUGUGUGAAAACGUCUCCUUUGGUUCAAAUGAAGCGUCUCUAAGAUCCUUUAGGAGAAAGCGACAGAAAGUUCUUCUUCAAACAGCGUUUUGCACAUUUCGUUUUAUUUUGUUCCCUUUUUGCCGUCACUGUUCCUGUGUUAGAGGAUCACUUCCUGUUUUAUUGGUCGUAUUUAUUAUUAGUUUCAGCCCAGUGGUGGAUUUAGAUUUGGUGUUGGUGUGAAAUGUAGAUAUGUACAGACUGAGCCCAGGUUAACCCCUCCCACACACACACACACACACACACACACACACACACAGAUUAAAAUUAAUAAAUCUUCUCAGCAGCAGAAUGAAUAAAGUGCAUGACUUUAAUUCAUGGGCCUGGAUCUCGAGUCCUCGACUGUGACGUGUUUAUAGAUGAGUUUUAUUUCUUCCUGAACAUCUUGACCACUUUUCUCCCCUUUUUAUUUAUUUAUUAAUUUUUUUUCCAUGAGUUACAUUUGCAUAUUUGAAAUGAAUAUUAUUUUAAUUAUUUUCUCCCUUGAGGAUAUAAUCCAGUUUUAUUUCUCAUUUCAAUCAUCAAUAAAUAGAUUUAGUUGAACUAAUUCAAAUCUAAUCUAAUGAAAAAAGAAAGAAGAAAGAAACUGCACUGUACGUUUAACUUUAUUUAGCUGAAAGUUUUCUCAGAAAGAAGAAACUUUCUCCAUUUUUAACCCGUGCAGUGUUUUGUGACCGACUUCGCUUCAACAAAACUAUGUGUCCUUGUGCUUUUGUGAGGUUGAAUUUUCGUGCAAUAUUUCCUCUGACCUGAUGUCGUCCACACACUUAGCUCAACUCUUAGUAUUAGUAUUAUUAUUUUUAUCACUUGGGACCCAGAAACCUCCACAUCCAUGAGUUAAUCCUGUUACCUGCUCUUAUUCCAACCGAUUCUCAUUUAAAGGUGGAGAAACGCUGUCACACGAAGCUAAUAUCUGAUGAAAACACUCAUUAAUGUAAAGAUGAAGGUGAUGUCGUACUGACUACACACAUGAAGGGACGUUUGUGUUAACCUGUAAACAUUUCUUUCUUUCUCUUCUUUCUUUCUUUCCCUUCUCUUCUGACCUGUAGACCUCAUUUCUGAAUGUAACAUUUCUUAACCUGAGACAAAUGUGCGUCUGCGUGGAAGUUAUUUAUUUUAAUGUGAAGCCCUGGUUGGCAGUUUUCAUGUCGUUCAUGUACAAGUUCCUGUAAGUAGAUUUCUCUCCUUUUUUUGUUUUGUUUUUUUGUAUUUAUUUCAGUUUGUGAGCGGGAGGAUUUAAGUGUUUAUUCAAACUUAUUUAGUGAAGAAAUAUUUUACUUUAUAUGUGUAAAUUAUUCAGUAUAGUAUCCAUACUACAUGUUACUCUGCAGUACGCCUUUUAUUUUUCAUAUGUGGACAGAAUCAGCUGUUGUUGGUGUUUUCCUUAUAUCCACUGAAUAGGUGUGGUUGUUCAGUUUAUCCUCUAACAGCCGCCGUCUGUGCUGCCAUGUGACCGUCAAGUCAACAUUUGUCUAUUUACUUGAAUUUCUUUUUUUUUUUUUUGGAUGAUAAUUGGUGGAUUUGUCAUAUUAGCAGGAUCAUAAUAAAAACAAAUAAAUAAAAGUGCUUAAAGGUG